GUGUGCAUAACUGUGGUUUUCAAGACUGGUGUUGGAACAAAAGCUUUGAAAUUGAAUAGUCAAACAAUAGAGACAUGUACGUGGCAGAUUUCUUUACACUGAGAAGACCCUUCAUGUGGCCUUUAAAAGAUGCAUUUGAGACAGUUAUGAGCAGAAACUGAAAAUGCCUGGACAGUUUCUGGCUCUUCUCACCACUCUUCCAGCCUUUGCCCCUCCCUGCCAGACCCAGAUGAUGUGAUCCUCAGAGGCACACCCUAAUCGCAGUGGUUCCUCGGUCAGAGACAUCUGCACAAGAUUGUUUCUGUUACUCAUGAUGGCCAGUCAGCUGCCUGAGGACCCUGCCGAGGCGCAGGUCUCCGACGAGCUCGAGUGCAAGAUUUGUUAUAACCGGUACAACCUAAAGCAGAGGAAACCCAAAGUGCUGGAGUGUUGCCACAGGGUCUGUGCCAAAUGCCUCUACAAGAUCAUAGACUUUGGGGACUCCCCGCAGGGUGUCAUCGUCUGCCCUUUCUGCAGGUUUGAGACGUGCCUGCCGGAUGAUGAAGUUGGUAGCCUGCCCGAUGACAACAACAUCCUGGUAAACUUGACUUGUGGAGGCAAAGGGAAGAAGUGCCUGCCGGAGAACCCCACCGAGCUGCUGCUGACCCCCAAGAGGCUGGCGUCUCUCGUCAGCCCUUCCCACACGUCUUCCAACUGCCUGGUCAUAACCAUCAUGGAGGUGCAGCGAGAGAGCUCCACGUCUCUGAGCUCCACCCCUGUGGUUGAAUUUUACAGGCCUGCAAGUUUCGACUCCGUCACCACGGUGCCCCACAGCUGGACUGUGUGGAACUGCACGUCCCUGCUGUUUCAGACCUCCAUCCGGGUGUUAGUGUGGCUGCUGGGGUUGCUGUACUUCAGCUCCUUACCCUUGGGGAUCUACUUACUAGUGUCUAAGAAGGUCACCCUCGGGGUUGUCUUUGUCAGCCUGGUCCCUUCGAGCCUUGUCAUCCUCAUGGUGUAUGGUUUUUGCCAAUGCGUUUGUCACGAAUUUCUGGACUGUAUGGCACUUCCUUCUUAAUCAAUAUGCAAAUAUGGAACUUGACACAUAUAGCCAGGUUUGAAAUUAGGUGAUUUAUAAUUUAUAUAAUUGAUUUUCUUUUGUGUUCGUUAUGAUUAGUGUCCAUGGCAUCAAGGAAGGCCUUGGCCGUAUGUUUCUGGUCCCGGUGUUGGCUUGCUGGGUAAAAAUGUGUUGUACUUAGGAGGUGCAGAAGCAGAGCUGUGUGAGUUCAGUCUUCACGGGGCUCUGACAGCCAUGAGACUUCCUUGAGCAGGGGCAGGAAUUCCCGCUGCCCCUCCACGCGGCCCCAGAGUACGGUGUACUGUGCUGGAGCAGAGGUCUUUGUGGAGAUUAGGGUCAGGCUGAUUCCUCCUUUCACAGUCAGAGUCUACGUGGGGGGCGAACACCGCAGGGCAGUCACUGCACAACCUGAGUUUGCAGUCUGUGUCCCCCUACUCCGGUGUUGGAGCCCCAGUCUUCUUAAGGUGCUUUCUCGCUUAAGGCAAUGUCACUCUGAGGUCUGCCACUCAUGGAGAUGCCUGCUCCUCUGUGUGUUCUCCCCUGCCAAGGGGACACUAGGCCUGUACCCUUGGGUAGUCUCACUGAAUACUUGUUUUGCCACAUUAUGAAAGAGUACAGAAGACUUUGAGGAAUUUGCAUCAAAGUAGGCUUCAUGGCGGAAUAAGGCCAUUUGUCUUCCUUCCAUGUUUAUUUCCCUCUCUCCUUGGGCUUCUGUGUAAAGAACCGAAGAGAAUAAACUUCUUGUAAAGCACUUACUGUUCAAAGGAACUUCCAUUUAAGUCUUUCCUUAGAACAUCUUAGUUUAGCUUUGUUUUUAACUAACUUGCUCAGAUAGCCCUACCCCUUAGCCCAACCAAGGUUCCACUGAAAUUCGCUGCCAUCAAUUCCUAGUUUAGAAUAUUUUACACUUGAUCUUAGCCAAAAGGCUGAGAAGUGAUCCUAGUUUAAAAUAUUUUAUUAGGAUUUAUUUAACUUAAUCCUAUAACAGCUGGGGGUGGAUUGUGGCAGUGGAAACCCAGAAACAAUUAGCAAGAUGCUGUAGCUGAUGCUUUGAAGUUCUGAGAACCUAAGUGUUGGCUGUGCUUUGUUGAGUUAUGUGCAGCGCUGCGUGCUAUAGAAAGAAGUCCAGGCAUAGCAAUGGCCGGGGACAUGUGAAACUGGCGCUCCGCUUGAAAGGGCUCUUCAACGUGAAAAGUGGAGGUCGCAGAGUACAACUUACGCAUAUUGUUACCCUUGCUGUAGUUAAGUCAGUUUGGGAAUAGAUUGAAGUCCUUAAGUUUAUUUCAUGUAGAAGCCUAAGCUAUGUGACUUGAGCUAAUGGACUUCUUUUGGGGAUGUAGGGGCAGUUGACUGUAUAUAUUUACGAGAAGAAAUUGUCUAGCAGAUUUUAGUUUUGGGAGAAUAGAAUGUUGACAGAAACUAGGGGAGAAAAGCUUUUUAGUCUCUAAAACCCAUUACUAAUGAUGAACAUUAAAAUAUUUGUAGCUCUUAGCAAAGGGCAUCACUAAGGGUGCUUGUUUGUAAUAAAGUAUUUGUUGCGUGAAAUAGUUACAGUGGGCCAAUUCCUAUCUCUGUAUGGAGGAGAAAUUGAUACUUAUCUCGAAUAGCAGUUUGAUUUUAUUUGCAUAACUAUUAACUUUGAGAACAUGUAUGCCGUGGUAAGUACAAGGAGAAAGUUUAUGUGGGACAUGGUCCAAUAAAUUUAAGCCCCAAGAUAUAACUAACCAUGUUUAUGAGUCCAUAAAUCUAGUUUUGCUAGCAUUGUGAAUGCAAUUUCCAGAAAUCCAUUUGUACUUUGAGUAAAUAUAAUGUUUAGGAGAUGUUUUGUGGUUUGGAUUUAUAUAUUUAUAAAGUUUUUUUUUGAAGUCUCAUUUUGUCUGAAAUGUAACACUGAGUAAAUUGGUGAACUAUAUGAUGGGCUUUCCAGAAAACUCUAGAUAUGGUACCAUGUGUUUUACUUAUUUGUAUAAAGUCUGCAGUGCCAGCUGUGUGUAUCCGUGCAUCACAGUGGUCUUUUUCUUUAGUUUCUGGUAAGUUGGCUUGAUUUUAAAGAGUUUUAAGUGUAUGACAACAACAGUAACAAAAAAACCCUCUUCAUGCUAUUGAAUGAAAAAAGGGCAAUGCUUUAAUAUUUUAUUCACUGUGAUAAUGUUCUGUUUGUCUAUUAAAUUUGACUAGAAGUUUGACUUCUCUGUUGUGGCUGAGAAUCAGUUAUUACUCUGGACCCCAGGUUAACUUUGGAUAAUAACUGUAAACAUGAACUUUGAGAAACAUCGAUUAAGCUAAUGAUGCCUUUAUCACACACAUAAAGUUUCAGAACCUUGUGAUAAAGCUUACCUGGCCCAUAGCACUUCCAGAAGGUCUUCAUCUUUUGUUAAAAGUGGGGGACAAACAUUAAGAAGGGGAAAUAAAAUAUUGUCUUUAUAAAUACUUUUCUCCAUUUUCAAUUUAUUUGAUUGGAUUUCCAGGUUUUGCCUAGCUGCUCAACAUAAUAGAUCCCAUUUAUUUGGAGAGUACCUUACUUUCUGUGAUUGGGAAAUUAAACAAAAUUUACCUGGUAUUUUGUUAGGCAAAGUGGAAAUAAUUUGAGAUAUGUAGCAGUUCUGCGCUUCCAACAAUGAAUGAAUUGAUACCGUAUGUUAAAGAAAAACUUUCGUUUACUUCUGAAAUCUGUACAUAAGGACAGAAGCAGGGUAAAGACAGCAGGUGUCUGUCCCUUCGUAACGUCCAUGUGAACCUGGGCUAAACCACAGAGAGGCCGAAGUGAUGAGCACUUGCUGGGUUGUAAACAGGUACGGGGCCUCUGAGGCACCUGGAGGAGAUUUCUCAGUAUCUCACCCGGGUAGACCUGAAGCCAGGGGAGCACUGGUAUUCACAGGCACACGAGGAGCACGAACUUGAAACCAGUUUCAAGUUGGUUUCCUUGAAACCAGUGACAGUCUUGGUCACAGGUAGGAUCCCUAAAAGAGUGUAACUAUUUGCUGUUGCGCUUGAGUUGUGUGUGCUUUCCACAUCUUUUCCCCUUUGUUAGAGGUGUAUUGCUCGUCAGUGCCCGGUAUGAAUUUUCAUCCCUGUAGGUGUACUAUUGGGUCUUUCCUUACAAGUUUUCUUUGGUGUAAAAGAUUUGUUUAAAAAUGUGGAUAACUAAAUGUUGAAAUUUAAAUAAAUGCCUUGUGAGUCCUGGAGGUGACAUUGAUUCAGCCCAUUUGCUUGUGUCAUUUAAAUCUGUGGUAUAAUCUGAAUCCAACUACAUUCAGUGUACAUGGGUUUAUGGUUCUGACUUCAAGGUGCUUUAAGUGUAGGGAAAAAAAGAAAUCCGAAAUUAAAUCAUGUCCUGAAUAUGGUGUAUACUAAGUUACGGUAUGUGCUAAUGUAUUUUUAAAAGUAGUUGAAGCUUGAUUUAAUUAAAACAUUCAAUUAAUUGAAACAAUUACUCUACAUGCAUUUUAAUUAAUCAGGAGUUUAUUAGAUUUGCAAACCAUUAACCUUUUAAAUUGAGAUUGUUAGAAUUUCAUGAGAAAAAAAUGUGCUCGAUACGAGUUGUGUUACAUCUUGGUUUUCCCACAAAGUAUGAAGAAAGUAGGUUUCCUUGUAUGUUCAUGUCUGUUUACCUGAGAUAAGGGGUCUGUCCUGAAGUUUUAGCUUAGGGAGUUAUUGCUUUGCGAUAGAAGCUGGGGGUGAAGAAGGAGAGAAAUGCUGAGAGGGAGAGAGAAGAGAGGCCAAGGCUGAGGUCUGAAGGCUGGAACUUUGAGUGCUCAGUAGAGGAGCUGGACAAUGUGUGGGCACGGGAGCCAAGAUAAGGGAGGUGGAGUUAGGAUAACUAGAUGCACACAGAUCUCAGAUUGGUUCAUGAAAAAGGAUUCUGAAAGCUUGUUUCAUGAAACUUUUCAACCAUAGGGAAUAGGCCGGAGAAGAGUGCAGUUAUCACCCAUUGACUUAUCACUGAGAGUCAACAGUUAACCUUUCGUGCUAUUUGUUGUUUCUCAUAAGUAAAUGUAUGCUUAGUAAUUCUAAACUUAGCAUUUUCUCCCUAAUUCUCACCCAAUUUAGUAAUGCCAAUCAAGAAUGAUCUGUUUCUGAAUAGAUAUAUUCUGGAUUAAGCUCAGAUGAUUCUGCGAGCUGGCUUAAUGUUAAAUUCCUUCUCAUAGUUUAAAAUAUGUUAAGCUUUUUAUUGUUCCACAUCCCCAGUCAAGAAAACUCAUCUCCUAACAGAGUUUUAAAUGAAUUUUAAUUAUUUUAGCAACCCCUUUAGCUCUGAAAUGUUAUUUUUAAUGCCAAACAACAUCAUUAGUCAAUAAGUGAACAUCUGGUUUUGAUAUGUGUUAAGCCAAGACCUCCCACACUCUUCCUUUUACCCCCAUGUCCUCUGAUUUCUGUAAUGCCAUUUAUGGAAGAAUCUAGUGCACCCACUGCUACCAUCACCCACACCUCCCCCGCCACACGUGCACAUGCACAAUUGCAAACACGCACAGACGUGAAGAUGCACAAAUGUGCAUCUUCACAUUUUAGGAAACAGACCCAUGAAAGAGAACCAAAUUAGUGUUGCACCACGUGGUAAUUAUCCAUUUAAAUACUAUUUAAAACUAUGUUUGUGACCGUGAACAGUUAAACUACCUUUAUGACUUCACAUACAUUGGUGGCUUCGGCCGCUUGUCUUCCAGGUACUUAUUUCCUCUCUGAGGGUAGUUACUCUAAUUGAGCGAAAGAGAUUUUCCUAACUAAAUUAUGGACUGGUUGUUGACACUGCUUCUGUUUCGUGUGAUAUUUCCCCUCAGUAUUCCAACUAGAACUGUAUAUUGCCAUGGUUAAAUUUAUCAUCAUUACAAAUUUUAUUUUUGGUUAGAAUGUUUAAAAUUAUAACAUUGUUUCCAGCCUAUAAUUUCACCUACACUAAUCACCAGCAAAAAGGGAGCAAAUAACAUAGCCUAAUUUUUGUGGGCUUUUUCUGUUGCUGGAGAGGAGGACAGAGUGAAGUGGUCCUGGGAGACCAGAGAAUGCUACAUUCUGUUCUUGGAGCUGGGGAAGAAAAUUGCACUGCUGAUUACUUAACCCUGUUCCCUACUUAAGGCUUUAUAUACCAAAUGGGAACCCUGCCAGAUUUUUUGAUACAAAACUUACAGACUCAUUAUUUUCACUCAGGUGCUUGGCUACCUAUUAUGCAUAAGAUACAGAUAUUCUGACUUUUAACAUGAUAAUCAUGAAUGUCACACCUCCUUGGAAACAUAUGAAGAAAAUUGUGACCUUUAAAAGGAUCUCAUUAAAGCAAUUGUUCCCAAAUA